AUCUUCCCAAAUCUCAUUCAAAAAACAAAGGAGUUCAAUUCCAACAAACCCAAUUCUCCCAUUUUUUCGUCGCCAAUUGUAUUUUUUUUUUCCUGGGUGGGGCAACAAUGUGUCCGAGAACGUUCUUGGGAAGAGCCAUUCAAGGAACUAUUAGCAAAGAUUCCGCCGCCAAGCCGCUGAAAGAUUCUGCCGGUGGCAGCUCUUCUUCUUCUCCUUCGUCUUCGUCGAGGAAUUUGUCGAGCGCCGCCGGUUGCAAACCGGCGAGCAAUACGAUGAGCGAAAGGGCGGAAGAGUCUCUAAGAACAGUCAUGUACUUGAGUUGUUGGGCUCCUAAUUGAUCAUCACCGCCACUACGUUUGUGUUGUAAAACUGUAAAAAAUUGUAAAAAGUUUCAUCAUUUUCUAUUAGAUGGUUGAGUUGGGUUGGGGAUUACUAAUUGGGGUUUCCCUAAGUACUCAUCUAAUGAUCAUUGAAGGAUGUUGAUGCAUCAUGAUCCCUACUAGCAAUUGUGUUUCGGAUUCACCAUUUUUUUAUCGUCUUGUAUUUAUAAGAUCAUGUCAUGAGUUGUAGCUAACAGGAUUAAAAAGAUUCAAUUAUAGAUAAAGAAUGCCGAAACUAUUUUGCACGUCAUGGUUGAUUAUGAAUCAUCGUCGCAUCCUCAUACCAUAAAGUCAUGGAAAACAUGGCAAAUAGACUGCAAAACUCUAAAUGAAAAAGGAUUGUAUGA